GGCGCUCCGUGGGCGCCGUCCGGCGUGGCGCGGCAGCCGCGCGUGGCUCAGCUCUGCGGGAAGGCCCUGCUCUCGGUGACAAGAUGUCCUACGGAUCCGUCGCUGGCAGUGGUGGCCCGGGGAGCCCUUUCGGGGGACCCUCCAGACAAGGCUAUCAACCCCUAGAGUGCGCUCAAUGUUGGACCGAGUACGGGAUCCGCCAUUUCCCCUGCCCGUCGCCAGAGAGCAGCCCGCAGGACCCCUGUGUGGGCGAGGAUGGGGAAGGUGAUCUGGGGUCGGCGGGCACGCCCAGAGGCCCAAGGGCCAGGAAGCGAGGGCCAGGGGUCACCCCUGACGGCAGUGGGACGCCGGAGCUGCCCUCACCACCCGCGGCUGGCCCGAGGAAGGACUCCGCCGGCAGCUUCCACAGCCGGCUGGCGGGGCCCAGUGCCGCGCGGGCUAAGAAGAGGAAGCCCAACUUCUGCCCGCAGGAGACGGAGGUCCUGGUGUCCAAGGUCAGCAAGCACCACCAGCUGCUGUUUGGCUCGGGGCUGCUGAAGGCCGAGCCGGCCCGCCGGUACCGCGUGUGGAGCCGCAUCCUGCAGGCCGUGAACGCGCUGGGCUACUGCCGCCGCGACCUUGUGGACCUCAAGCACAAGUGGCGGGACCUGCGUGCCGUCGUGCGGCGCAAGCUGGCUGACCUCCGGCGGGCGGCCGUCGGCCCUGGGGGGCCCCAGGCCCUGGCCCUCACACCCGUGGAGCAGGCGGUGGCCAAGACCUUCUCCUGCCAGGCCCUGUGCCUUGAGGACUUCCGCCCAGAGCCGCCCCGAGCUGCCCAGGUGGACCCAGGUGAGCUCCAGGAGCUGUUCCAGCAGACGUCGGCCAGCGUCUUCCGAAUCAACUCCCACGUGACCUCCUUGGAGCAGAGUCUCCGGUCCCUGGGGACGCCGAAUGACACGCAGGAGCUGAGGGAGAGCCUGCACGUGACGCAGCAGGAGGCGAACAAGAGCAUCGCGGCCGGCGCUGGCACCGUGAGGCAGAUGACGGAGCUCCUGCGGGGCUGCUCCCGGCAGGAGUGCCUCCAGCUGGACCGUCUGAAGACUCAGCUGUCCGACGCCGUGCAGCGCUACGGCGGGGUGCAGCAGAAAAUCGCCGAGAAGUCCCGAGCCCUGCUUCCCACGGCACAGCGGGUCAGCCAGCAGCAGAGUCCCCGGGCCCCUUUUGCUGAGCUGCCUGAUGAUGAAAAGCUCUUUAACGGGACUGAUGGCGUGUGGCAGGGCCAGGAGCAGGCGAUCCUUCCGGAGAUCACGGAGGAGGACCUGGAGGCCAUCCGGCUGCGUGAGGAAGCCGUCCUGCGGAUGCAGCGGACGAGGACGAUGACGCCCCCAGCGGCCUGUGGCUACCCCUGCGGACCCUGGAGGGGCCGAGCCUGCCGGAACCUGAGCCCUUGGACCGACGAGGGACGAUCCCCGCGCCUACGUCCUCGCCCUCCCUGCCGGCCUCUCCGGCCUCCCCAGCUUCCGUGCCCCCUGCGGCUGUGUUCCCAGGGGCCCUCGGGCCCUCCCCACCCCACACCGCGCCACCCCCACCCCCAGGGAGGCCUGCGGGGGAGGCCUCUGAGUUUGAGCAGCGGCUGCUGGACUCGCAGCGGCGACAGGGGGCCCUGCUGUCCCACUGGUCCCAGCAGCAGACCGUGCUGAUGGCCCAGCAGAACCGGCUGCUGCAGAGGCUGGCGGAGCAGAACCAGCGGCUGGCCGACGGCAUGGAGGCCCUCAACCGCACCCUCGAGAAGCUGGUGGAGGCCUGCCCUGUGCCGGGAGCCUCGCCCCCCGUCAGGGACGGCACCCCUGCUGGCGGAGCGGCCCGCGGGCCCAGCGGAGGCUCCCGGGGCAGCCCUCAGCGCCCCCACCCGGGCCUGGAGGUCUUCUCAGGGAUGAUCCUGAAGGUGGAGGAGGAGGUCUGACCCCCGAGGGCGGCACACAGCAGGGACUCCAGCCCUUCUGGGAGGUGGGCUUGGGGGCAGCUGGAUGUAGCUGGGCCUCCACGGAGCCAGCGAGGACGAAGGACACCUUCAUGGGCGUUGUCUGUGGGGCUCAGUGAUGUGCAGGGAAAGGCUCUGGGGCCGGCCCGUGGGUCCUGGGCAGACGUGUACUCAGGGACCUUCUGGCUGGAGGAGGCAGAGGGGCGGGGCCGAGCCCAGCCCCCACUCCCGUCCCGCGCUCUCACCGGCUGGGCUGUGUGCCUUGGAGGACAGCCGCAGGGGUCCAGCGUCCCCCGACCUGGAUAGCCCCCCUGCAAGCCUCCUCCUCCUCCUGCUUGUACGGGCUCUGUGGGCCGCGCUCCGACGCUUUCCACGAUCCUGCCAAGGGAACCACGUCUUGCGGGCCUGCUGUCAUUUCUCCCAGUUUUAGAUCUGUGGUGUGAUAGACACACGGACACGUAUGUGGGACUUGGUACUGUAUGGGGUGGGAUGCUGUUUUGUACCUACUGAUUUUCUCGCAAAGAAGUUAUUUUUCUUAC